AUGUCUGCUUUAAACGCAUCAUCUUCAAGAGCAACGGAAUUGGAUGAAUUAAAAAGGGCAUAUGCAAAGUCGUUGGAAAAAUUGGAGUUGGAUAUGGGUCAACCGCCGCGUUCACGGGGAGAAACGGGUUAUUCGCGGGACGAUUCCGGUCGUCGUAAAAACGAAAUGAAGCAGGAUAAGUAUGCCAAAGAUCACCAUCUCCAUGAUUUAAAAUCAAAAGUUCAGUCAUUGGAGGAGGAAAACGAACGUCUGCAAACGCGUCUCCUGCGUGGCAGUAUGGAUGAACAAGGCUCCCGUAAGCAGAACAACUCGAUGAAUAAUGUGAUGGUGAAGCCAAUGACCGAAUCUGAUCUAUUCGAUGAUGCGUCUGGUUCGCAACACCAUACGACCGGUAUCAGUCCACUGAGCCCACACGAUCCGAUUCAGCGUAGUCGCCAACAGAAUCUGAUAGCUCGUUUCAACGAUCUGUUCUCAUCCAGCAGAGUUGAGGCAAUGGCGAUUCUGCGCCGCUAUCUGGACGAUCAGGACAUGAACCAAACAAUUGUAUUCCAAGUUGUUUUGGUGAGUUAG